UCUCUUUCGAAAAGAGAAUGACAAGAACAUCUGCAAAUGAUAUGGAGAAUGAUAUGGAGCCUGAAUAUGAGGGAAGUGAGAAUGUGUCCUCAUCUGAAGAUGAUGAUGAAGAUGAUGAGGAUGUCAACAUUACACAGUUGUCAGAACAUUCUGAUAGUGAUAGAGACGAUGACAAUAACCCGUCAAAGAAAAGGAAUACACAAAACCAAGUCAUACAAAAGACAGAAACUCCAGUUCGUAAAGCUGGCAAGGAGGAGGAUCAGAAGAAAAAGUAUAUCAAAAAGACAGGGGUGAGGGUUAAUCAUACAGCUUUUAUGGAAUGGGUUCCUAAACUAACCGAAAAUCAAAGAAACACUAUUCAAGAAAUCGGGUUAGGACCAUUGCUCACUGUUAAUCUGCCCCAAAAUGAUCAGGCAUUUUGUUAUUGGCUUCUUGAUCAGUAUGAAGAAUAUUCUUCAACACUGUACUUACCGCGUGGUAACACAAUCCGAUUGGAGGUGGAUGAUGUACACAUUGUGUACGGUCUUCAAAUGGGUGGUCGCAGAAUCAUUGAGUCCAAGUUUGACCAUGAUACCGAGGAAUACAAAAAUUUUCUCACAGAAUGGAGGAGAACCUGGAAUAUCAGAACUGGAGCACCUAGUGUUUCAAAGAUAAUCAAGCGAUACACAACAGAAGUUGGAUUCAUAGGUUGUGAACCGCAUGAUAACUUCAUGACUGACUUCUUAGUGGUUGCGGUGAAUAUAUUCACGAAGUCCAGUCAAAGUACACAAGCAAACUACAGAUUUCUGCUAUCCAUGAUGGAUCGUAAUGAGAUCAGAAAUUUGGAUUGGUGUGAAUAUGUCCUAUUGAGUUUGGAUGCUACAGUGGAAGACUGGAAACAGAACAAGACAACAUUUUUCAAAGGACCAUUGCCUUUCUUACAGCUAUUCUACUUCGACCGCGUCAUGAAGAAAAGGGUAGAACAACCAAGAACAUUUCCCCUGAUAUCAACUUGGACAAAGAAAAUGGUUAAAGAUAGAAUAAUAGAGGAAAGGAAAGGGUAUGGGCUUGGCCGAAUUCUUGACAAAAUAGAAUUGCCGGAACCAGAAGUGCCUCAAGAAAAUGUGCCUCAUAAUGUGCAAGGAGAAGCUGUGCAACAACUUGUGCAACAACCUGUGCAACAAAAUGUGCAAGGAGAAGCACAUAAUGUUCAACAACAAGAAAACCCGAAGGAUUUCAUGAUGGAUUUCAUUAUGUUAAUGAACAAUUAAGGGGCUAACUUGUCUAUGUUGAGCACGAAACUGAAAAGGGCUCAAGAACUCUUCCCGAACAACAAUUUGGUGAAGAAUGUUGAAGAGUUCAUGGGGAAAAUGGCAAGAGAACCAUCAAUUCUUAGUCAAGAAGAAGAAUUGUAUGGGACUGAUGAAUUCUUGAUGGCUGUAGAAGAAAUUGAAAGGAGUAUUGCAGAGGGAGUUGCUAAGGAGAACAUAAGGAUUGCAAAUGAGGAAGACAAAUACGUCUAGUUUAAUCCAAAUCGCCCCUUUAGCCUAGGAAUUGGCCUAACCCCAUAAAUACCCAAUGAUAAGGAUGGAGCAUCAACUUCAAAAUCCCUGGGACAAAAUAAAGACGAGCACCUGAACCUCGAUCUAAAUCUGGGAUCAUCAAAACAAACUGCUGAUCAUGUUUUGGAAACACCUGUGACUGGGAAUGUCAGGGAUGGCACAGCAGCAGUGGCUGGUGAACUAGUGGGGGCACCACAGACUGAGAAUGUUCAGUAACACACAGCAGCAGUGGCUGGUGAAAAAGUGGCUGCGGUUACCGAUGUCACAGAAGGGUAGGAUUCAAGUGAUAUGAAUUUGA